CUGAGACAUCAUCGCUGCUCUACCAGUAGCGGGAGGGAAGAAAUCUCUCACUCCGGGCCCAGACAAGUGUAGGGGAGACAGCAUCGGCGCUUCCAGAAGGGGAUACUUCAUCAUCGCACUCCCCAAUCAUUCAUUCAUUUCCUCUCCUGCCUGUCUUCGACCAAUGCUGAGAGGACCCCGCCACUGAUCUGAGGGCCACGAGCGAUUAGAGCAGAGCAGGCCAGCCCAGGCCCUGAGCAUUGAAGGCCGAUUGGUGUUCUUUGGGUGAGUCAGCCAGAUCGGGCAAUCGAGUGAAACAUCUCCAUAUAGAUCUUGAGUGUCUGCAGGCUUCCUUGGUAGCUUGACGCAUGACCUAACACCAUAAUCCAAUGCGCAGACUGUUCACCCAAACGUCUAUAUCCAUCAAAGCAUAGGUCACAGUAGCGGUGAAGAGAACAAAAGACCCUUUUGCUUCAUUUUAAAGCCAUGCUGCGCGUCCCUGUCGAUCCAGAUGAUCCCCAGACUGUUACAGUUGGGAAAACCAUCGUUUCGUCAUAUCUUUACCCCCGCUACCUCUUCCUUGGAGACCGCAGAGCCUCCUUCCAAGUGCGAUCCUCUGAUAUGCAUAGCAAGCCGGCAAAGCUUCCUAUCAGCGUCGUCCAUCCUGACCAAACGGAAACGGAUAGGCAUCUUUCGAAGGAUCUCAGCAGGAUACCGAGCCUAUAUACAAUGAUGCAGAACCAGACGAAGGAAGGAGACCCUUUCUGUUGGCCCGAAGGUAGCACCACCUUCCAGGUAGGAAAAGGGGCAGCAGAUGGGUUCCAGAGUCAACCAACAGCGCCGGCUCGGUGCUAUGGUAUGCCACAUGAGAUGCAAAGCAUCAAGUCAGAAGAUUGCAGCCAGUUUGACGUGCCUGCUAUACACUCAGAAGCUCACUUGAGGUCCUUCUUGGAUGACAAUAUUUAUCCUGGUGAUAGUGCUAUUGAUAUCGGUCCCCCAACUGCCGACACCGCCGUGUUUAUGGCUGCCAGCGGGCCCUACCUACCGUCAGUGACCGAGAGAGAAAUGAUAUCACCGAACACAUCCCCGGACUCUUCCGAGUGUACGUCUGAAGGCGGCAGGCACUCGCUUCGAGGGGUGGAAUGGCUGGAUAACAGUGUGGAAGACAUGCCUCUAUCCAAAUCCCAGGGAUCAUCCGACGUUGGAGACGGAGGCUCCACGUCGGCAGUCGAGGGCGGUUUCAUGGAAGUUGAUGACCCUGGAAUGGCUGACACAGUGCUUCGGUGGCCAGCGUUCCAAGUCACGGAAACAUGCGACGCAGCUUGUCAGGGUGUCAGCCCCAGUCAAUCCACAUGGGACACACCGCGUCUAUCAAGCAUGGCACAGCUGUAUGGGGACAUCAACAGCGCGUUUGACCGAAUUGUCGCGGUGAACGAUCCUUCAGACGGCCUCCCCUCAUUCGACAGCGACAAUAGUGUGCCCCUGUUCUCAUCGUACACCUCCAAGUCCCACUACCCGCCGCCAGUGGUACCCAGCAACGAUGGAUGUGAAGCCAGUCAAGGAUGCGGCCAGAUUUUCCCUGGUGCCGAUCUCUUCCAAUCCCUCAAGAGCCCCUACCGAAUUAACGAGCCAUGGCAGCUACAGGACCUCGGUGGUUCGAACACAUUUUGCCCGGGACAGCUGAUGGGAAGAUCAUUGCCAUACCCGAUCGACAUGAAGAAUGCGUUCUUGAUCAACUGCAAGCUCCGCGGGAUGUCCUACAAGGAGAUCAAGCAAUUCGGUGGAUUCAAAGAGGCGGAGUCCACUCUCCGGGGCAGAUUCCGCACGCUGACCAAGACCAAGGAGCAGCGUGUGAGGAAACCGCAUUGGCAUGAGAAAGACAUCCAACUCCUCUGUGAAGCGGUCGCUGCUUGUUCGGAAACCGGAAAGCAGCCCACGGGCUAUGCCUCGUACUGCCGCCCGCGAAGCGUCAUGCUCCCGCCGAAGGUGUCCUGGAAAAAGGUGGCUCAGUAUAUCUCGGCGAAUGGGGGAUCCUAUCACUUUGGCAAUGCGACUUGCAAGAAGAAGUGGUGUUCGGUUUACGGGGUGAAACUGUGAGGGGAUUUUAUCAGGGAUGGACAUGGUGGAGCGAUGGCAGGUCAUGAACUGCUCCCUGGCCACGCAGUCCAGAGGUACAGCCAUGGGCCCAGUAGAUACUAAUCGAAGUCUUGUCCGCUAUGCAAACACUUGAGGUUGAGCAAAGAGUUGCGAGGGGAGCAGAG